AGAUGAGAAGGAGAAGGUGGGCCUCACCCAGGAGGGGAGGGCGCCCAGAAACUUCCUGCGGCUCUCAGCUCCACGGCAAACUGAGCGCUAGGUCAGUUUGGAGAGGGUGGCAGCCUGCCUGGGGGCGGGAGACCCUCCUCGGGGCUGGGCGUAGGCCUUUAAGCGCCUCGCCAUAUUGAACGGCCACGCUGAGCGGUCUUUGUCUGCAGAGUCCUCCCACGAACUUUCAGCUACAUCCUGGGUGUCUGGGGCAAAGGAGAAGCGAUCGGAGCUCGGGCGUCUCCAACUUGGAGCCGGGACACUGUCGAUUCCAGUUUGGACUGAGCUUUGAGUCUCCGGACUGAGGUUCAUGUAAGCAUCCUGGAAAACUGCUUGCUACAACUCCGAGGGGUUUGGGGGGGGACACAACUUGGACUCGUCGCCUGAAGAGAAAAUUGCAGGGAGGUGAGACACUCUGCGUGAGUAGAGUUGUUAGGACCCUCCGCUACCCACUCCCCAAGACCAGAAGCCAAGAGUCUGGGCUUCUUGCCCCCCCACCCGAGAGUCCACGCUGGAGAUCUUAAAGACUCUCGAGAAAAGCCACGUGGGAGGAUGGUUCCCCUGGGGCUUCCUCCCCUCUCCCGAUUGCCUGAUCCUCUGGAGUGUCCCCGACGUCUGCAAAGAUGUCGAUCUGGAUGUGUUAGUGGAGGCCUUAAAGCCCGUGGGCACCUUUAAGAAGAUCGGGAAGGUGUUCCGCAAAGAGGAGGACUCCACAGUGGGGAUGCUGCAGAUUGGGGAGGAUGUUGACUAUCUGCUCAUCCCCCGGGAGGUCCGCCUGGCUGGGGGCGUGUGGAGAGUCAUCUCCAAGCCUGCAACUAAGGAAGCUGAGUUUCGGGAGCGGCUGAUCCAGUUUCUGCAGGAGGAAGGCCGCACCCUGGAAGACGUGGUCCGUAUCAUCGAAAAGAACACUCCACAUCCACCCCAGCCCCGCAAAAGAGCCAAGGAGCCCAGAGUGAGGAGAGUCCCGCAGAUGGUCACUCCUCCACUUCGGCUGGUCGUAGGCACCUAUGACAGCAGCAAUGACAGCGAUAGCGAGUUGAGUGACUUCGAUACCUCUAAAGUCAAAGGCAACAGGGGCUCCCGGAGGACCAGGAAGGUGCGCAAAAUGCCGGUCAGUUACUUGGGCAGCAAAUUCCUGGGCAGCGAUGUGGAGAGCGAGGAUGAUCAGGAGCUGGUGGAGGCCUUCCUCCGCCGUGGGGAGAAGAAGCCCAGCGCGCCCCCUCCACGGCGCCGAGUCAAUCUUCCAGUGCCCAUGUUUGAGAACAACCUGGGGCCCCAGCCAUCCAAGGCCGACAGAUGGCGGGAGUAUGUCAGCCAGGUGUCCUGGGGGAAGCUGAAACAGAGGGUGAAGGGCUGGGCGCCCAGAUCAGGCUCAGAGGCAGGCCAGGCCCAGCAGGCCUCCGUCGCAGCUGAGAGGGCUGGAGAAAUGAGACACGGCCAAGCCAGCCCGGACAAUGAUAGCUCCAGAAACACAGGAGACCGGAGCAACCAGACGCUGGGUGCCAGACGCUGGAAGCCCAAGAUCAAGUGGGUUUCCUUGAGAGGAUGCAUGAAGGAGCAGGUGCCACCCUCGGCUCAGGGGACAGGCAUGCCAGCUGAGGAGCACCCAGAGGCUGCAGAAAACCAGGGCACAGGGGCUGCAGCUGACCAGAGGGCAGUGGCUGCAGCUAACCAGAGGGCAGAGGUUGCAGCUAAUCCAAGAGUAGAGACUGCAGCCAACCAGAGAGCAGAGGCUGUAGCUAGUCCAAGAGCAGAGGCUGCAUCUAGUCCAAGGGCAGAGGCUGCAGCUAAUCCAAGAGCAGAGGCUGCAGCUAGUCCAAGGGCAGAGGCUGCAGCCAAUCAGAGAGCAGAGGCUGUAGCUAGUCCAAGAGCAGAGGCUGCAUCUAGUCCAAGGGCAGAGGCUACAGCUAAUCCAAGAGCAGAGGCUGCAGCUAAUCCAAGGGCAGAGGCUGCAGCCAAUCAGAGAGCAGAGGCUGCAUCUAGUCCAAGGGCAGAGGCUGCAGCUAAUCCAAGAGCAGAGGCUGCAGCUAGUCCAAGGGCAGAGGCUGAAGCUGACCAAAGGGCAGAGGCCACAGCUAAUCAGAGGGAAGAGGCUAUAGCUAGUCCAAGGGCAGAGGCUGCAGCUAAUCCAAGAGCAGAGGCUGCAGCUAGUCCAAGGGUAGAGGCUGAAGCUGACCAAAGGGCAGAGGCCACAGCUAAUCAGAGGGAAGAGGCUAUAGCUAGUCCAAGAGCAGAGGCUGCAUCUAGUCCAAGGGCAGAAGCUGCAGCUAAUCCAAGAGCAGAGGCUGCAGCUAGUCCAAGGGCACAGACUGUAGCUAGUCCAAGGGCAGAGGCUGAAGCUAACCAAAGGGCAGAGGCCACAGCUAAUCAGAGGGCAGAUGCUGUAGUUAGUCCAAGGGCAGAGGCUGCAGCUAAUCUCAGGGCAGGAGUCCUACCUGACCAGAGGGCAGAAGCCAUAGAUAGUCAGAGGGCAGAGGGCCCAGCUAACCAAAGGACUGGUGCUAUAGAAAAUCAGAGGGUGGAGGUCCUAGCUGACCAGAGGGCAGGGGUCCUCUGUGACCAGAGGGAGGAGGCUGGACCUCAAGCUCUACCAGAAACCUCAGCUGAUUCGGGAUCUAGGGCUCAGAAACAGGUAAAGACAGUGAGGUUCCAGACCCCAGGACGCUUCUCAUGGUUUCGCAUGCGCAGGAGAGUCUUCUGGCACACUCCCAGGUUGCCAACUCUGCCCAAGAGAGUCCCCAGGGCAGGUGAGGCUAGGAGCCUCAGGGUGCUAAGGGAUGACACCAGAGCAGAAGUGGGACAUGGAGAGCAAGAAGAGCAGCUGUGAGGGAAGCCCAGUGCCCCUGCCUGCUUUGUGUUAGCUGCUAGGACUGCUCCCUCCCCUGUGGGCUCCUCCUCCUUCCAUGUUUGAAAAUGGAGGCUGCUGGAGUGGGGGGCAGGCAGCACCACCCACUUCUCCUUCCCCUUUCCACCCUCAUUCUCUACCCUCUCCUAUUUCUCCCUUUCUGCCUCCCUUUCUUCCUCUCCCUCUCCUCUCUUUUUCUUUCCUUCUGUCUCUAUUUUUCAUUGAGACAGAGUCUUGCUAAGCAGCCCUAAUGGCCUGGUAUCCCAUAUGUAAUUGGUCUCAAACGCACACUAGUCCUCUACGUUAGCACCCAGAGCACUAGGGUUACGGGUGUGUGCCCAGUGACCCUCUUUUGUUUUGUUUUGUUUGAGACAGGGUCUCUCUAUAUAGCCCGGACUGACCUGGAACUUACCAUGUAGACCAGGCUGGCCUUGAACUCACAGAUCUGGAUGUCUGCCUCUGCUAGGACUAAAGGCAUGUGUCACCAUGCCCAUCUUCCAGUGGCCCGCUAUAUCAUCUUGUUUUUAUCUGACAAGAUUGUGUGUUCAGGGUGGUAUGGCUGUAGACACAUUUAAUUUUUUUUAUACGUUGAUUUUUUAAAAAAUACUAAAUAUAGCAUCUCAAAGACUGAAAGACAUAAGGCCGUGGAGCCUGGCUGCCUGGGUGGUGUUUUAACUUAUGUAUUUUAAGUGCUCACAGCCUGGCAAAGGUAAAUGGGGGGGGGAGGGGGAGGGGUUAGUCUGUCCUUUGUCUUCUGUCUGUAACUAAUGUUGAUUGAUGACCUUUUUGCACUUAAAGAGAGAACUCAAGUUGAUAUGCAAAUAAAAAUGUGUACAAGGUG